ACUCCAUGGUGGCAGGCAGCUGGGGAGACAACAGCUUCUUCUUGGAGCUUUUCUUCACUCCUGACUUCUCCCUAGAUGGGGGAAGGGACGCCAGGCGUGGACUCAGCCAGAGUCCAGGAGGAGGAGAGGAUAGAUGAGAGUCUGGGAUUUGUGGAAGGGGGGCUACAGGUUGGGAGAAUCAUGACUGCUGGCCAACUGUCACUGUGUUCUGAGGAACAGAGCCCUCAGCUGGGCUUCACCAAGCCUUCAUCUGGGGUGGUGGUGGAUGGGGAGAUCUCAGGACUAUCAGAGCCAAGAGUGGAGGCCAGCCCCCAGGCUCCAUCCACCAGCCCAAAGAGGAAUAGGGACUUGUCGGAUUCUGAGGAUGACCUUGCCGAGCUGGUGGACCCUGAACCUCAGCCGCUGUGGUCCGUGGAGACCCUGUGCGGCCUCAGGAUGAAGCUGAAGAGGCGGCGCGUGUCUACCGUGCGGCCUGAGCACCACAAGGUCUUCACCAGGCUGCUGGAGGAUCCUGUGGUGAAAAAAUUCCUGGCCUGGGACAAGAUGCUGCGGGUGUCUGACAAGUACCUCUUGUCUAUGGUCAUAGCCUAUUUCAGCCGUGCUGGGCUCUUCUCCUGGCAGUACAGGCCCAUCCACUUCUUCCUGGCUCUGUACCUGGCUAGUGACAUGGAGGAGGACAACCAGGCACCUAAACAGGACAUUUUUUACUUCCUCUAUGGGAAGAGCUAUGCCCAGCGCCCCAUGUUCCACAAACUACGGUUCCAGUUCAUUCGGUCCAUGGGCUGGAAGAUCUGGGUGUCCCGAGAGGAGUGCGAAGAGAUCCAGGCUUACAACCCGGAGCUGUGGGUGUGGGCACGAGAUCGCACCAACCUCACCUAGAACCACAGAACCACGGAGGCCCGAGGUCAUCGGCCCGAGGAA